AUGUUUCGCGUUUACAACAGUCUUGCUGGCACUGCUCACCGGCUCUCUUUUAAGGCUGCGUCAACUUCAGCAAGCUUGCGACCAUCAAUAUUAUGCUACGUCAGGUACAAAUCAACACGCUCUUCUACUUCCGCGAUAGAAUAUAAGUCAUCACACAUCCGGCGACAAUUCCCACCUCUCCCUACACCAACACCUACUGCAGAAGAAGCGGUUACAAAUAUCUUAUAUAACACUCCUGCUCCUUCUGCAGAGCCUGAGAAGCGUCACGUGUUGAACUGUCUUGUACAGAAUGAACCGGGUGUAUUGAGUAGAGUCAGUGGCAUUCUGGCUGCUCGAGGGUUUAAUAUAGAUUCUCUCGUUGUUGCACGUACAGAGGUUACUGACUUGAGUAGAAUGACGAUUGUCUUAAGAGGACAGGACAAUUAUAUCGAGCAGGCCAGGAGGCAAUUAUUGGACCUGGUUCCGGUGUGGGCGGUUCUUGAUUAUACUCAAACUAUAAUCGUCGAACGUGAGAUGCUGCUUGUAAAAGUGUCUAUAUUGGGUCCUGAACACAUACAUGACCGUCCGUCGGCAGGUAGUGAUGAAGAAGAAUUCAUGCCAGAGGCAGAUCUGGCUGAGGAGAGUCCCGACGCAACAUCAGUACUCGAUAACCCUAUAAUUAUAGAUGACCUAACACCAUCAGCUGGUUUACGACAAAAACACGCACACCUUCAGUCACUUAGCAAUCUUGCGAAAUUAUUUGGUGCCAAGCUCGUGGAUAUCUCUAGUGACCGUGUGAUUAUUGAACUAUCGGCCAAACCGAGACGAAUAGAUGCUUUUCUCGAGCUGAUCAGGCCGUUCGGCAUUUUAGAAACUGCAAGAAGCGGUGAGUGA